AUGUUUAAAAGUAAUACUUUAUUAAAACCAACUAUCAGAUACUUCUCAUCUAGUUUAAGAACCAUGUCAAUUGAAUAUAACGUUAUUAUCUUUGAUAAACCAAAUACUGAUAGAACAGAAAUCAGACCUCAACAUUUUAAAGGUAUUGCACCAACUGUUAAUUCAGGAAUUGUUAAAUCUGCUGGUGCCAUUUAUCAUGAUGAUGCUAAAACCAAGUUUGCUGGUAGUACUUUCCAUUUAGUAGCUGAUUCAAGAGAAGAUGUCAUUGCAUUCUUAAAAAAAGAUGUUUAUUAUAGUACUGGUAUUUGGGAUAUUGAAAAUGUUAUUAUUAACCCAGUUGGUAUAGUAGUUCGUUUACCAAAGAAAUUAGAUGGUGUUGAAGAUGAAUUCUAUAAAUUAUAA